UGACCAUUCCCGUACAUACUACGCAACCUGUCAACAAGCCCACGAAGCGCAAGAGACAGCCGGAGCGACUUCCACAACUACAAACCCGCCCCCACCCGACGACCGCAAGCGCUCGAACCUCCGACACUUUACAGUCUCUUCGAUGCCCGCGGUCGACGAGUACCCGCGUGCCUCGCGCCGCCCACCGACUGACCCUCCAGCUCGCUCUCGCUCUGCUGCCGGCAGUGCCAGUGGGCGCAACCUCAGCGCCACUUUCCAGCACCAGGUCCAGGUCCGACCCGGCGCCAAUAGCGCCAACAACCUACGCGCGUCGUACCAUGACCCACAGUCGCACAAGAAGCGUCACAGCAACAGUAAGAAGAGCUCGCACAUGCGGCACUCGCUCACGCACGUGCAGUCUGAAGUGCCGGCCUCAGGCCGAUCCAGUGCAUCAUCGUAUACGUCAAACUCGGCGUUGUCUCCGCCCCAGCGGAGCUCCAAUCACGUUAACGUCCAUACAACCAGCAGAGAUCUGAGUCCUCAACAUCAAUUGCACCCCGAAUACCCUGCCGCGUCCCCCGCAGGUGAUGAUAUCCUCAAGGUGGAGAUCCCCCGCUGGAAGUCGAAGCUCACGACGGACCGAGCAGACCGACUCCACAUCCCUGCAGGUGCCGACAGUGCCGGUAACUCGCCUGUAGGCAGCGGAGCCGGACGAUCUUCAACUUGGAACGGAAAAGACGGUCGUGGAGGACACGGAGGCUCGAUGGGAGCCCUAGUACUGGGACGAGACCGGGAUAAUGGCAGCAAGAAGCGGUAUACGGUGUUCCAAGUAUACGUGCAUUACCAGUCAGGUGCAGUCCGAGUCUCGGAGAAGAGAUAUAGCCAUUUCCGCGAGCUGCACAAGACGCUGAGAAGGAAAUACGCGACUGUGGGGAAGCUCUACUUCCCGCCCAAGAAAUUCUUCAUGUCGCUGUCACUACGCGUCAUUGAACAGCGUCGUGAGGCUAUUGAGACGUACAUGAAUUCAGUGCUGACGUUGCGUCCACGUCCAAUUGAAGUCGUACAGUUCUUGACCUCUGGAAGCAGCUCAUUGGAGAGCGAGGAAGAGGACGGCAACAGCACGGAUGGAGCAGCUCGCGGCGUGGACAUGGUUUCAGCACCUAAGCACGUGCAGUCAACGUCUACGGCACUUGCAACGUCUUCGCGGAUCAGUGAUAGCAACAGUGUUGCCUCGGAGGACGCUGGAGGACAAUUGGUGACCAUGCAGGACUUCGAGAUCCUCAAAAUGCUUGGAAAAGGGUCCUUCGGAAAGGUUUACAUGGCAAGAGAGCGUGGAACAGAUGGCAAGAUCUACGCGAUGAAAGUGCUGCGCAAGUCGGAGCUGGUAAAGCGCAAUCAAGUGGGCCAUACCAUGAUGGAGCGCAAGAUCAUGAGUUCGAUCGACCACCCUUUCAUUGUUGGACUCAAGUAUUCGUUCCAGACAGCCAGUAAACUCGUGAUGGUCUCGGAUUAUUGCUGCGGUGGCGAGAUUUUCUUCCAUUUGAAGAAAUUCCGUUCCUUCUCGGAGGCCAUGGUGCGCUUUUACGCCGCGGAGCUGGUGGCGGCCAUUGGUCACUUGCACGAACGGGAUAUCAUCUACCGGGACCUCAAGCCUGAGAACAUUCUUCUAGACGAGACGGGCCACGUGCGACUGACGGAUUUCGGUCUCUCCAAAACGGAUUGCACCGACUUUACAGGCGCCAAGACUUUUUGUGGUACACCCGAGUACUUGGCACCCGAAAUGCUCAUAAGCCGCAAGAAGAAGACGGAGUACGGCAAGGCUAUUGACUGGUGGAGUCUUGGUACGCUCAUGUACGAGAUGCUCACAGGCUGGCCACCUUUCUUCGACCGCAACAUCGAGCAAAUGUGCACCAAAAUCAUGAAAUCUCCGCUCAAGUUCCCUGCGCACUUCGGCCUGAGCUCUGAAGUUAAGAGUCUCAUCUCAGCACUAUUAGAACGUGACCCGACGUACCGAAUUGGCUCCCGUCCUGGUGCUGGCGUAGAGGACAUUAAGAACCACGUCUUCUUCUCCAGUAUCGACUGGAAGUUGCUGGAACAGCGCGGCAUCAAGCCGCCUUUCAAGCCGCGUGUUCGCAGCCCAACGGAUAUCCAGAAUUUCGACCGAGAGUUUACGAAGGAGUUGCCUGACCACGGUUUCUUGCAGCAGGACAAACGACUAGCCGUGUCGCCGAAGAACGAAUUCCAAGGCUUCUCCUACACAAGGAUUGAGGAGCCGGCGUCAUUACCGCGUGAGUCAAGCAGCAAACGGGAGAAGCGCAGGUCAGGGCGACGAUCGGAGCCGCGAAUUAGUGAAGGGUACGUACGAGGAAGACAUUGAAGCAGCGAUGGACGUCGAAAUGGUCUGCUAGGUCAUCGAAGGGAUCCCUGAUUCUUUCUUCUUUCUUGGGUUGGGCCUUGCUAGAAACGAGCGCGAGUCGCAGUCAUCAGCGGACCAGCAAUACCCUGAAUUCGGCCUCGUUGCCCGCGACAGCACGGACUUUGACUCUGGUUGCAUCUAGAGUGCAAGGAAGCUCGGUCCAAACAGCCGAUGUCCAGUACAAGGAGGAGAAAGCAGGUAUCUAGCCGAUCCGAGUCGAGUUUUUCGCUGGGUGACGCGAAGUACGUUGUAAGAAAAUGAAUGAACCUAAAGAUUACAUGAGAUUAGCACACCAGCAAUUGCUCGUUUUCAUGAUUG